UCGAGCAUGCGCAACGUGAGAAGCUGAUACUUCCGGUUGCAGACACCUGUAGAAUUCACAUAAAAUAUGAAAUAAACUCUUAUAUUUGCCAUUAACAAGGUCAUAUCGAGUAGAAAAUGUUUAAAAAUUUAAGAAAAAAGCUUGAGCAAGGUGUCAACCAAAGUCCUUUGAAAGGAGCGUUAGCAUCUGCCUCAAAGCUAUUAGAUGAAAAACAACCUGAAACUUCUCCAUUAGCAGAGAGUACUCCCAAAAAGCCAGGGGCUGCCAAUGGUGAUGGGAACCAGUCCAAUGCCUCUGAUGUCUCAGGGUAUGCAACAGCUAACCAGUCAAUGGAAGAAAGUCCAGCCACAAUACCUGUUGGUCAGCUGAUAGAUAUUCCACUACAGGACACAAGUAGUGAGUCUUCCGCCUCAAACCUUCCCGGUGAUCUUACACCCCAAGCUUCACGUUCACGAACAUCGUCCAUCAGUUCCAUGACAAGUGACAGCUCAUUCUUCACAAAUGUUAGCUUUCCCCAGCAUCACUACUCUCUCCCAUCGGACAUGGAGUCCGAAAUGGACGAGUCAGGAACAGAUCUUAACACAGUCAGCAAAGAAGAUCUUUAUCAUUAUAUACAGAAAUAUCAGAAGAGAGCCACCAGAUAUAAAUCCAAAUUUAUGGAGCUUGUCACAGUAUAUAAAGAUAUGGUUCAGGAACGAGAUAAGUUUAAAAACACACUAACACAAUCUCAGGACCGGGCUUUCCGUCGUAUAUCAGAGUUGAAGGAACAGAUACAACUAGAUCAAAAAGCCAAAAAAGAUCUGGAAGAAAAUUAUACAUUUGUCAUUGAAGAAAAACAGGAAUUUAUCAAGGUUUUGCAAAAACAAGUUCUAUUGUUAAAGGAAGGCAAGGAUAUUCCACCAGAUUUACAAGAACAGAUUCAAGCUGGUAAAGAGGCAACUCAGAGUGAAUCUGAGCAGAUAGCGGCACUGCAAGCCGAACUCAAUUCUCAUAAAGACAAGCUGAAACAUCAAGAUAGUUUACUACAGAGAUGUAAGGAGAUAAUUAAAUCAAGUAAGGAUAAAUAUUCGCAGUUAUCAGAGGAGAAAAUAGAAGUGGAAAAACAGCUUGAAGAUACAAACAUGGAACUUGUUAAAUUAAAGGGAAGUGCUUCCCCGGACACUGUAUCAAAACUUCAGAACCAGAUAAAACAGGCUAGACAGGUGAUAGAGCAGCUUGAGACUGAUAGAGAGAUUGCCAUUGCUGAGGUAAAGCAGCGAGUUCAUGAAGAAAUGGAAAGAAAAGAUCAAGAAGUGUCAGAAAUCCGUGCACAGACUCAUGGUAUGGUAGAAGAAAAUAACAACCUGAAGGAAAAGAUAGAAAAACUUGAAAAAACUUCUACAGAUCAGCUAGAAAAAUCAAGGGAGAUAAUCAAGAGAUUGAAGGAUGACAGGAAGAGGUUGAUAGAUGAGUAUGAGGAGAAGUUGCGUGGGAGAGAGGAUCAAAUGGAGACAGAGAAAGAAAAGUUGGUUCAGGAAAUUUCUCGUGGCAAAUCGGCUGCUAUAACCCUUAUGCAGGAACAAGCCAAUAAACAGAAUGAAGAGAAAGUUAAUGAAGCUCUGAUUGAAAGAGAUGAAGUCUGGCAGAAAAAAAUGUCUGAUCAGGAGAUGGCACAUCAAGAAAUUGUUGUAACAAAGGAGAGAGAACUUCAGCACUUGCAAGCCAGGUUUGAUGAAACCGUUGAAAAACUGAAAAAUGAGAAAGAAUUAUAUAUCAAGUCUGUACAAGAUGAAACAAGGAGCAAAUUACAGGAGAAGGAGCAGGAGAUGCAGUUAGCAAUGGAAGAGAGAGACUUACACAAAAUGGCCACUCUGUCACAGCAAGACACCCUGAGAGACGAACUUAAUGUCCAGCUGGAAAAUCUACAAAAGGAAAAGUCUGAACUGGAAACAUUGAUACAUCAGAUGCAAGUUGAGGCUGACAACCAGAAACAAGAGUUUGAGAAGCAGAUGACUGAUCUACAAGAGAAGGCCAGUCAACAGGUGUCCGAGCUGACCACCGAUCAUGAGAGAUAUGUGGCCGAGAUAUUAACACAACAUGAGAAGAGCAUGAACGAGAAAACGGAGGAUUUGAUUGACAAACAUGCCGCACAGAUUGCUGAUCUGAUCCGUAAACAUGAUGAUCAAAUACAUGGCUCGAAUGCAGACCUUGAGAAAUAUUAUAAAGAAGAAAUGAACACAUUAAAGACAAACUCAGAGAGAAUGCUGAUGGAGAAAAAUCAACAAACAGAGAAACUAAACAUUAUGUUGAAUCAACUUCGAUCUGACUUGUCAUUGAAAGAGCAAGAGUUGGAACAAAGAAGCCUGGAGUUCCGAGACAAGAUGGAUGAGACAAAUAAAAACUUCAAGGAGAGAAUGGAAAUCUGUGACAAACUGCAGACUGAGCUAGACAAGGUGAGAGAAGAGUAUGAGUGUAACAAGUCUAUGAUGGAGAAAGAAUUAGAGGAGCUCAGAGGAAAAGUGUCCAAUAUGGCAGAAUCCAAGGAAACGAAGGACGCAGAAAACACUGAGAUAAAACGCCAGAUGGAAGAGCUGUCUGAACAACUGUCCUCUGUUACAGAGACUAGAAAUGGUUUGGAAAUAGAGAAUGGUGAACUUAAGUCUCAGCUUGAACGACUAAACAAGGAGGUGACGGAGAAAUAUGAAAGCGCUGAUGGUAAAGUUAAAGAACUCCUACAACAGGUGAAUGAUCUUGAGUCACAGAAGAUGGAUCUUGCACAGGAAAAACAAAGAAUACAUGAUGAAAAUAAUGAAAGUUUGAAGAAAAUCGCUGAGUUAGAAUCAAUAAUUUCAGAAAAAGACAGUGAAAUUGGAAAAUUAGGUGAAAAAAUAUCAGAGCAUAUUACUGAACUUGAAAAUUUGAGGACAGAAGGUCAAAAACACCUGAAAGAUAUUGAAAAUAUGAAAUCUGAACUUGAUUCUAAAGACUCUGAGAUAAAGAAACUUACUGAAGAUUUAGAAAAUGAGAUUAAAAACAACAAGGAAACAAUUCGUGUAAAAGAUGAAAAUAUUGCUGAGAAAUGCCAGGAAUUGGAAAGGGAAAAAGAACUUAGAAUUGAAGAACAGAAAGCGUUAGAAGAAAGUUUUAAGACUAAGUUUCAAGAAAAACAGACACAAUAUAAAGAGAACUUUAAAAAGAUGAAAGAAAAGUUUCAAGAGAAGUUAAAAGAAAAAGAUGAUAGCUUUGAAACAAAGUUACAAGACAUUAUGAAUGAGAAAGAUACAGGUGCUCAAGAUUUGACACAGAAGUUGGAAAGUCAUUACCAGCAACAAAUGACAGAACUAGAGGAGAGACAUAAAAAUGAAAUGCAAAGCUCAACCAAAGACUUUGAAGAAACUAUUGAAAAAAUUCAGGCUGAACACCAAAAGCAGAUUGAAAAUUUGGAGGGAGACGCCAGUAAACUGAAAGAAAAUGCUGAACAUAUGAGGAGCAGCCUUGAAGGAGAAUUAGAGGCUUUAAAAACCAGCGCUGAAAAAGUAAAAAGUGACUUGGAAAGUGAGAUUAAAUCAUUCAAAGAACAGAUUAAUGUUUCAAAUUCAAGAAUUGAAGAGUUGGAGUUAAAGUGUUCAGGCUAUGAAAAAGAAAAAGAAGAACUUUCUAAGAAACUUAGUGAUGCAGAAAAUGAUACUGUGUCACAAGUUACAGAAGCUAGUCAAAGGUGUGAACAUUUGAGUCAACAGCUGUAUAGUGUCUCUGAAAAGCAUGAUACCGAAAUUCAAGAGAAACAGGCAAAGAUAACAGAGCUUUCAGCUACAGUGAAUAACUUACAAAGCACCAAUGCCUCUCUUGAAGAAAUGCUGAAAGAAGUGAAUACCCAAUGUCAGUCCAAAGAUGACAGAAUGUUGAGAUUAACUGAGGACUAUGAAAAUAAUUUGCAAAGUAUAAAAACCGAAUAUCAGAACAAAGUUAACAGUAUGGAUAAUGAAAUAGAAGAGUUGAAGAAAAAUAAAGAUGAAAAAGAGAAAGAUGUAAGUGAAAUGAAUGAGCAACAUAUGGCAGCUAUUGAAGAAUUGAAGCAAAGUCAUGAGAAGAGAAUUUCUGAGAUGUUGUUGAAUGAUGAAGAAUUGCAAACACACUUGAAAGUUUUGAAUGAAAAGGUUACCGAGACAGAGCAGAAGUUACAAGAUUGUAUUGAGAAUUAUGAAAGGCAGCUGGAUGAUUAUAGGGGUAAAUUAGAAAGGCAAGGUCGUGCUUUGAGUGAGGAGAAGGAAGUUUUAGCAGCUCAGUUGCUGGAUAUGUCUCAACAGGCCCAACUGAAAACAGAAGAGCUUCAGACUCAAUUAAAUUCAAAACUGAGUGAAACUGAGCAAGUUGCCACUUUGAAACAGACAUUAGAAAGUGAGAAUGAAAGGUUCAAGGAAGAGAUUCAGUCUUUAAAAACAUUGCUAGAAGAAGAAAGAAACAAAUUUGAAGAGUUAGAUAAUAAAGAAAAAGAGAAAGGUAGUAGGAUUGAGGAAUUGGAAACAACUUUAGCAGAAAGUGAAAAGUUGAAAAUUGAAUAUUUAGAAAAAGUGAAGGAAUUGGAAAAUUCAUUGAAAGAUAAAGAAGAGGCUAAUAAAGUGUCCUUAGAAGAGCUUGAAAAAUCAUGGCAGGAAAAAAUGAAAGAAAUGAAAGGGAAAUUUAUUGCAAAAUUAAAAGAAAUUCAGUCACAGGGUCAAGAAAAGGUGAAAGAAUCAGAGGAAGCUUUAAGAGUGGAGAGAGAAGGAAGUGCAGAGAGAUUAGGUAUUGUAGUUAGGGAGAAAGAAGAAGUUUCAUCAGAAUUAUCUCAUGCUAAUACAAAACUGUUACAGCUUGAACAAAGUAAAGAAACUAUCCAAGAAAUGGAACUUAAAAUUAAAAACUUAGAAAAUGAUUUAGAAGAAAAGACUGAAAAAUUAAAGCAAUUAGAGGAAGAAAAAACUUCUUUAGAUGUAAAAUCUAAAGGUUUAGAGGAAAGUGUAACUGAAAAGGAAAAAGAAAUUUAUGAUUUGAAAUCAGAAAGAAUAACUUUAAAUUCUAGUAUUGAGGCCUUGGAGGAGAAGGUUAAAAGUACUGAAGAAGAAUUGUCUAAUUUAGAAUCUAGUAUUUCUUCAGGGAAAAGUGAAUAUCAAAUAAUCUGUGAUAAGAAUAAGUCCUUAGAGGACACAGUGACUUCUUUAGAAGAUGACUUAAGAAAGAAAAGUGAGGAAGUAAUUCAGAAAGAAUUGUUUAUUGAAGAAAACUUAAAAAGCCUUAAAAGUGCAAUAAGUGAUUUAGAGUCUAACAAAUUAGAAUUAGAAUCAAAGUGUAAGACCUUAGAGGAAAGUAAUGAAUUGUUGAAAUCCAAAUUAGACACAUUAAAAGAAAAGGAUGAAGUGCAAAAGGUUGAGACAGAAAAACUUUUACAAUCAAGCAAUUCAGAAUUAGAAUCAAAGAGUAAAACUUGGGAAAAUGAAAGGGAAUUGCUGCAAUCUGAAUUAAACAGUUUGAAGGAAAAAGAACAAGAAUUGAUAAAAUCUCAAAAGGCAGAAAUGGACAAACUAAAAGAGACUCUUGAAGCGGAAAGUGCAGAGAAAGUAGCUGAGUUUAAGAAGAAAGCAGAACUUUACAUUACACAAGUUAAAAAUAAAUUAAAAACUGAAAAGGAAUCCAGUUUGCAAAAGUUGCAAGAUGAUAUAAAUAAAAAAGAAACAGAGUUAUCUGAAUUGAAAACCUCAAAGGAAGAACUUGAAGAGAAAAUGUCAAGAUUAUCAACUGAGCAUGACAAAGAGGUCACUGAAUUGAAGGAAGAAUUGAAUAAAUCAAUGGAAGAGAAGAAUAGCUUUACACAAGAGCAGUUACAGAGAUCUGAAGCCACACAAGGUGUUGUUGAACAGCUAAAAGCCACUCUUGAUAGUCUGAAGACUGAGAAAAAUGAACUUAAUGAGAAAUUGAAAACCAUGACAGAAGAGAAAGAAAAACUUGAUAGACUGUGUCAAGAGAUUAAAGCUUCAAAUGAAAAAGAACUGAAAAAGUCAGAAAAAGAGUACCAGUCUAUGAAGAUUGAUAAAGAUGAGGAGAUUGAUAACUUGGAAAGACAGUUAAAAGAAGAGGUAGAAAAGUCAGAGAAUGUGAAGAAGGAAGUUGAACUUAAGCUGCAAGAGAAAGAUAAUGAGCAUAUGUGUAAAAUAAAGGAAUUAGCGAAGGAGUUUAACUCACAGAUGCACGAGAAGGAGAAAGAAUUUGAAGCUCAAAUGUCAGAAAUCAUAGAGAGAAGUAAUAGAGAAGAAACCCAGAAGGACAGAGAGCAGUCUGAGUUACUGGCAGAAGCACAAAAAGAUAUAUAUGAGAGAGAUGAGAAAAUAGAUGAAUUGAAAUUAGAUUACGAGUCCAGAUUAAAGGAAAAAGAAGCAGAGAUGAAGCAGAUUCAGACAGACAACAAGAAAAUGAUAACAGAGAUACAACAAAGACAUGAGAUAGAGAAGAUAGAACUACAGGACAAAAUGAGACAGUCUCAGGAGAAAAUGUUAAAUGAGAAAGAUGUAAUGCAUAAAGAAGAAGUGGACACGUUAACACAGGAGUGGAAUAUAGAGAGGAAGUCCGUGCCAUCUUUGUCAGCAGCACCAAGGCCUGUUCAUUCAAACACCCAGGAGUUGCUACAUUACAACCAGUUAACCAUGGAUGCAGUACAGUCGGGGUUAGGGUCUGGUGACAUGGGCCACCAGAUGAUUGCUCUAACCAAGCAAAUUGAGGAACUGAAAGAAAAACACAGACUUGAAAUAGCUGAGUUGAAAGGUCAACAGGAUAUGAAAAAGGCAUACCUACCUCAACCAUUGAUUGCGUCCCCUGAUGGCAUGUCGGGUUUUACCGAGGACAAUUCAGAAUUGCAGAUUAUGAAUUUACAGGGCCAGGUGUCACAACUGCAAGGAGAAUUAGCCAAGAGCAAACUUCGAGAGAAAGAACUUAUAAAUAAGAUGGAUGACAGUGUACAUUCCAACAGUUUUUCACAUCACCCUCCAAGUCCGGGAUAUUUUACAGACGGUACACCUUCAGGCCCUCUUCUUACAGAACCAACACAACUUGAGUAUUUACGGAACAUAUUAUACAUGUAUAUGAUGGGUAAGCAGACAAAGACGUUAUCUCGUGUGAUCGGCACGGUCGUUCAGUUUACAGACGAUCAGAUGAAGCAGAUCAUAGCUAAAGAGGAUAAAGCUUCUUGGUUACUCAAUUCUUAGCAUCACCAGGUGGAACAUUAGAGAUUUUAAAAAAUUGAAAGAUGUUAUAAAAUGUAUGGAGCCUGACAUUGAAGCGUAGAGAUAACUGGAUACCUGAAGACUUACAUGACGAUUUUUUUAUGUAUUGAAGAAGAAACACAUUUAUGGUGGGAUAAAAUCCAGGAUGCAGACUAGCUCAUUAAUUAAUUGGUUGAUUCUAUGUACAUUCAUAUCAUAUGUUAACAAACAGCAUGCAUUUGUGUUUAUUAUUUUAAUAAAAUGCAACUUGUUAUUGAUAAAUGACAUAGUUGAGACAUUCAUUAAAUGUCAUUAAAAAAUGAUAGGGUCCAGUACUUAUGAAUUUUACUAAUUUGCCUUAACCUGUAGAUUUUUAGGUUAUUGCACAAGGAUUAGUUUGGUGCCUUCAAAGAUAAGUUCUUGUUAACCAGUUUGAUAUCCAUGUGUUCUUUGUUUAACAAUGUGUCAUGUUUGUUAAAUAUAUUUUGAUGAGUCACUUCAUAAUAAAAAGCUAACAAUGAAGCUCUUGGUAAAAUUAUGUUGACUUCAUUGUUUUAACUGACAUUUUACCAGAGUUCUGCUCAUGCAUAAAUAACACACAUGUAACAUUUAUCAAUUUUGGUCUGUUGAGGAUGGUUUUAUAUUUAAACUGUAUCGGGGUCUGUGUAACUGAAGUGCUUAGACCACCACCCCCCUAAUAAUAUUCCAAAUAUAUAUAAUUACUGAUAGCAGACAAAGCCCUGCUUGCCAUUUCUCUGUAUUUAGUUUACAGUAUCAGUGGAAACUUUAUUAACAUUUUACUUUUAUUGACAGAAGUUGCAAAAUAUAAAGAAUAGGUGUUAGGGUAUUGAAUUACUACUAUAUUAGUAUUGUAAUAUUUUGGUGCACUUUAAGCAUAGUGUAAGUUAAUCAUUGUCAAUACCUAUAGUUUACACAAUAUUGAUAAAGUGAAGGUUAGAAAGUUGUGCAAAAAAUGUGUUCUGUGUAGUGAAGUUUUUAUUUUGAAUAGUAAAACCAAACAAGAUUGAGUUUAAUUGUAUAAAUUUGUUUUGCUUUAUGAAAUAGCUUAGUUAAAAUAUACCUGUAUAUUAAUUAUUUUUUGCUUUGUUGAAAUUACACUGUAUUUUAUUUCAUAUUCUUGUUUGCUUGGCUGUAUAAAAUUUGCAUUAGAAAUUUGCCUGUAAAUAAGUAUUAUUUAUUAUGAAAGAAAAAUGUAUUUAUUAUAUUUUUGUACCUUGUGCAAGUAAAAAUAAUAGUCAUUUAUAUACUUAACCUUCUUGUAAGUGCUUUAACACUUAAUGCCAACCUAUGUUAGGUCUUGUGUGCAGCAGUUGCAGCUUUAUUGUUGGUAUCUGCCUCUUUACAUAGGUACAAUGUUGGAACUAUAUUUGGAUAACAAUCGUUUUUCCUCACUUGACCACCAGUACUGAUUAAUCUAUGCAGUAUUGAGACUGCUAAUGUAUAUAAGUUAGGAGAAUGUUAUGGGAAUAUAAACUUGUUAUGAGAAGAUGAAAAACGUUAUGAGAGUAUCAGUUAGUUAUUACAGUAGAAUAAAGUUAUGAGAGAAAAAAAUUCAGUUAUGAGAGAGUAAGUUAGUUAUUACAGUAGAAUAAAGGUAUGAGAGAAAAAAAUUCAGUUAUGAGAGAGUAAGUUAGUUAUUACAGUAGAAUAAAGGUAUGAGAGAAAAAAAUUCAGUUAUGAGAGAGUAAGUUAGUUAUCAGAAUAGGAGUUAGUAUUGUGAAAUUGUUUGCACAAUCAAGCUAAAAUAUAUAUGCUUAAACUGCACUCCAAAUACAAAAAAUACCCCAAAACACGUCAUGCUUUUGUAAGAGAUAUUCUAUAUACGAGUUAAUAAAUUAUAUCCCAACAACCUUUAUGUUGUUCAUAAAAAUGCUUAUUGAAAUAAAUGAAUUAUGUGCAUUAUGAUAAAUGUUAAUCAGCAGAAAAAUGCAUAUCGUCCUUGAUGAAUUUGUAAUGGUAACAUUGGCCACCUAUUAUUAAUAAUAUUUGCAAUGAAACAGUGCAAUUUUUUUUCAAUUUUCUACCAGUAACGAUUAUUUUUUUCACAUCUAAGUGUAUUGAAACACAACCUAUUCUUUAUUGAAGUAUGCAUUUUAUUUUCAUCAUCUUGUUACAUUAAGUUGGAUGAUUUUAUUUGUUUCACAGGGUGUUCACUUCUGUCAUCUAGGUCAAUAUGAACAAAUAUUUAGAAAAUUAAAUUAUGAUUUUUUAAAGGUUGUAAGUUGGUGGUAUUUUGAAAAUGGUGCUGAGAUGUUUUUUUGUUGUCACUUUAUUAAGUAAUAUAUAUAAUAUAUACGCAGGGAAUCGAACCACAGGUCUCUGGAUGGCCAGUCCAGUAUGCUAACCGCUUCACCCAAGUGGUUCAAGUCCCGGCUGUAGCAUGCUGAUUUUGUGUGUGAUUUUUCUGUGUAUAUAAUUUCCUGCUCAUGACUUUCUUUCUUUCAUCAUUUAUAUAUAUAUAUGUAUAUAAAGCAAGUUAGGCGUUAAAAAUGUCUUUACCCUUAACAGUGCCUGAACAGAAACUGUAAAGUACCAGCCAGUAUAGAGCCAGGCCAACCAAUACAUGCCCUUCAGUCUGAUCUGGCUAUUACACUGUUUGCUUACCAGUCUUUAAAUUUUUAUAUAAUAUAAAACUCCCUAAAGUUUCAACAUGUAAGUCUGGUAUUGAAAUUUAGUAGGGUAAGGGUCAAUUUGACUUUAUACCAUGUUUCUUUUAGGCAACAUUUAAUACAUUACUUGUUUUGUAAUAAAGAAUCUUGUUUGUUAUUUUGUUAGAGACUUUAUGAUUUAUUUAAUGUUUAUUUAGUUAUGUAAGUAUUACAUUUUGCCUGGCAUAUUUUAUAUUGACCUGCGUUGAACCAGUGUUAUAUUACUACUAAGUAUAUUGGAUAUGUAUUUAUUGUUGCCUUUAUAUAUAUUGCUUAAGGAAGCUAAAACAUUGUUAUAAAAUUAUAUAUUAAACAUUAUUACAUAUGAUUUGUUUCUUAUUUUAAUUUUAUCAUUUAAAGAUUGCUUUAUACUGUGUAUUUAAUUUUGCUCAUUUUGCCAAAAAAAAAAAUUAUAUAUACAUGUAUCUGUUGAAAAAAAAUGCAUUUUAUGGUCCACACUAGCUAAGAUUUUCUGAUAUUAAAAUGUAGUUUUUUUUAUUGUUAACCACAUUAAAGAUAAAUUCAUUGAUAAGUAACCCUUAACCUGUGUUAAAUUUGUAUAAUUGAUCUGCCCAGCUUUGGACUUGGAACAAUCAAUUCAAAGUGUAAAGGAUCUUAAUAUCAAAAUACAAAAGUUGAGCUACCUACAGUAUAGAGCCUGGUCAGACUGCAUGGAUGCAAGUGCUGGCUGACAGGGGUUUAUACUGGUGGCAAAGGAUGAUUUUGUUUCCAGCAGGUAAAAGGCUAAAUAUUGGUGAAAUUAUUAAGUUAUCAAAGUUCUUAUUGAUAUUAAACUGUUAAAUGAAACAACAAAAUUCACACAUUACUGUUCAUCUCAAACCAUAAUUAUCAUGAAGGCUAUAAUUGGAAGUUUACUUCUAUAUAUUGAUUAAAAAUGUGAUAUCCCUUGAACUUGUUUUUGAUAUGUUAACCAAUAUUGGAUUACUGAUACCAAAUUCAAUUUCCUAUUUAAAUGUUUAGAUAAUUGAUAUCAGUAACGGACAACUGCAUUCAGUAAUUACAACUGGAGAAAAUAAGUAAAUGAAAACCAAUUAGUAUUUAUAAUUCUUCUCAUUUUAUAGGAUAAUUGUUAGGUUUGCUGUCCAAAUCUGUUUUUACAUAUCAAGAUGUCAUAUAAACUAAUUUGUCAGUAUUUUUGUUGAUAUGUACAAGUAAAUAUUUAGCUUUCAACAAAUAUAUUAUGCAUGAAUAGAAUAAUAUAAUUUGUAAAAAUACAGGGUUGUGUCCCUUUGUUUUUAUUUAUGCUUACAUUUUACCAACAGUGCAAUCUUUGACAUCACAACAUGUACUUCAAAAGUACAUGUCUUGGACUUUAUAUUUAUUUUUAUUUUUUCAUUAUACCUACUGGAUAUAGAAACAUUAUCUGUCAGAAUUAACCUACUUGUAAUUUUAAGAAUGAUUAUAUAUGUAUUCGUGAAUGAAGGACUGAAAAUAAAUGAAAUUUGUUUAAGAUAAAAGAAGUAAAUAUUGGUGACAUUGUUAAAGAUUGUAUAUGAAAUAUUAUAGUAAUUGCUAUUUUGUUAUAUGCUCACGGGACCAAUAAAAAUAUGAAAAAUACUAAAAAAA